AAAGCUCGCUUUUUAAAAGUUAGUUUUACUUGUCACUUUUUUAACCUAUGAACGGAUUUUCAUGUGAUCAGGAUGACAUGCAUGCUUUUGCUCAAACGUUGGGUUGCACGAUGGACUUCAUUUCCCACAAUGCAACCGGAUGUCAUCAUUGGAAACACUUAGGUUGCAAUUUUUUUUUUGGGGGGGGGCGCACAAUUGUUUUCGACAAACAUUCACGAAGAUUUUGCCUUUCUCGGCUGUGAUAUGUUCUCAGCCGCCUCUCGCUCGAGAUGAGGGCAACGUGUCUGGCUACGACGUUAGGAUGCAAAUGGGGAAGUGGAACCGCGACACGCGUGUCAAGAAAAGACACGAAAACGGAAGUUAGGAGCCAGUUGUGAGACUUAAGUACCAAGUUUCAUCAGGUGUUUUGUAAGCAGCAGUUGUCUUCCGUGCUUUGUUUGGAAAAGAAAGGAAGUACAUUUAGUCACGAGUGAAGCACUCGUAAUCGUAUCUUUGCAUUGCCUUCAGGCGUUUAAAAGUGACUUGCUCGAGAAAUCAUUUCCAUAUCAAGGAGGAGGAUCGAAAUUUAACAUUGACCCCAGAGCUCCUCUUUUAUGAUGGAGCACUGAGGUCGCUCUUUCUCUUUUUUUUUUCCACAAGGGGUUUCAUUAAAAGUUACCUCGGAUUAGAUCAGCGGGUUGGGGACCCACUGUGUCAUAAUCCUUCACGGUGAAUUAAUGAUAUGCUUAAUGCAGCAGAUUUCGCGAAAGCUUUGCAAGUGGGGCUGUACAGGUUUUUUUUUUUUCUUCUUUUUUGUAACUGCCGUGCGUGUAAAUACAACAAGGACAGAUCUCUAAAUUGUAAAUAAAGACACUUGAAUCACCAGUCCAAGGCAUCAUGGAGCCGUGUGUCUCAGUCGAGAGCGAAAGGACCCUGCCAGUCUGCCGGCGUCUGUGUUACGCCGUCGGGCAUUUUCUCAAUGACUUGUGCGCCUCGAUGUGGUUCACCUAUCUGCUGGUCUACCUCCACUCGGUCUUGGGUCUCCGGAGCACCUUUGCCGGCGUGCUGCUGCUCAUCGGCCAGGUAGCAGACGGGGUGUGCACUCCUCUCAUCGGGUACGAAUCCGAUCGAUCUCCCGGCAGGACGUACGGCAAGAGAAAAAGCUGGCAUUUGUUGGGAACCAUCUGUGUUAUCGCAUCGUUCGCCUUCAUCUUCAACCCCUGCCUGGCCUGCUCGGCAAGCACUCCCCAAUGGGCCAAGAUCAUCUACUUCGCCCCCUUCAUCGUCAUCUUCCAGUUUGGAUGGGCGGCCACUCAGAUUUCGCACCUCUCCCUCAUUCCAGAGCUGGUGUCCAGUGAGAGCGGCAAGGUGGAGCUCACUGCGUACAGGUAUGCCUUCACUGUGGUUGCCAACAUCACGGUGUUCACUGUGGCCUGGCUGCUUUUUCACUUCCUGGCUCUAGACGACAUGACGGACAACCUGGGCCAGGCGGACAUUCCUCUGUUUAGGAUGCUGGCUCUCAUUAUACUUGGUGUUGGAGCAGUGUUCUCGCUCAUAUUCCACAUCGGCACAAAGGAGAAGUCGGGAGAGGAUCCGCUGCUCAGACCUUCCUCUGCAGAGGAAGCGUUGUCCUCUCGAGGGUUGCAAUGGAAACACUGGCUUAAAGAGCCUUCUUUUUACCAGGUGGCCUUCGUCUACAUGUGCACCAGACUGAUCGUUAACCUGUCCCAGUCGUACAUCUCUGUUUACCUCACCAACUCCCUGUUGCUGCCAAAGAACUUCAUUGCCAUCAUACCACUUGUGAUGUAUGUCAGCGGUUUCGUGAGCUCGCUGGUCAUGAAGCCAAUCAGCAAGCUUGUAGGCAUCAGUAUGAUGUAUUUUGCUGGUCUGUUGCUGGUGAUCAGCUUUGCCCUCUGGGUGAUUUUUGACAAGAACAUGGGAGCUGAAAGCAUCUAUGGUGCGGCUGUACUGCUGGGAGCCGGCUCAGCGAUCAUCUUGGUCAUGUCUCUCUCUAUGACCGCCAAACUCAUCGGGGAGGAGACACAAAGUGGGGCCUUUGUUUAUGGUUCAAUGAGCUUCACGGACAAGGUGGCCAAUGGCGUGGGUGUCAUCAUCAUCCAGAGCAUCAGACCGUGCAGCACAGAGACAUGCUGCCCGGCAUGUGUUUGGUUUUAUCGUGACGUCAUGGCAGCAGUGACAGGAGGCGUGGCGUUGGCAGCAGCCGUUGGCCUCUUGACAAUUCUCAUCUGGCCACUCAAGACUAGAAAAAUGAAUGAUGGAUUAUUAGUAUCAUCCUAAAUACUGCAUUGAGAUCGUGAAAAGGAAAAAAUCCAAUUGAUGUUCAUUGUAUGUGUGACAUCAUUAUGGGUCUCUUUUCAUACUUAAUAUGUGCGCACAAUUCCCUUUGCUUUGUUUUUUGUUGAUACAUCAGGUCAAACCCCAAUCUAAUGGAUAGAAAAAGCCUUGUUUUUGUUGUUGACUCACGAACAUACUAAUGAUGACACUGUAACACUAAAACUUAAUGUUAAAGCCACAACACUAAGGGUCACACUUUUUCAUUAUCAACAUUUAUAUUACACUGCUUUUUUUCCAUUAUAUUUACUUUUAGCACUUUUUUUGUGUUUACUGAAAGGCAGAAACAUGAAACAUGAUUCUACUGCCUUAUGAGGUGUGAUUAUUCAUUUUAAAUUAAGUCAAAUCAAAGUCCCUUAAUAAGAAGGUAAACACAGAAACCGAAUGAAUGAGCUGAAAAUUAAAAAAUAAAAAAAGUACAAUACCUCAGUG